UACGUCUCCACUCGGAGAUCAGUGGUCUCUCCUGGUUUUCAAACCUCCAGCCUAACCCACACAACACAAAGCCCCCCACUGUGUUCGCCUACUGGCAAAAGCACUCUUGUGUGCAGCCCCUUCUGCUUUUAUUUCCAAUUACACUUCUCCACAACACUGUGCCUCCUUUGCACCUCUACUCUCUGUUUUUCUCUUUGCCCUUUUCUUCUAUUUUCCUCCUUUUUUCAUCUUUUCGCCCAUUUCCGUGUUUAUCAAGAUUGGGCACUCAUUGUUCGACGCCUGCUCUCACCUUUUUUAGAAUCAAUAAUAUAGUACUUUUGCACUUGAACUGUUAUUCGAUAUUAUCAUGUUUGUGUGCGACGGUGCAUCACGCAUUGGAUCAGCAACGUAACUCAAACUGUGUUCGGACAACAAUCUGGAUCCUGAAAUUAAUUGGAAUUUCGCUAAGCUGUUGCUUCUGAUUCUUGUAUGUAUUUGCAAUUGACUGUGUCGAGCUUGAAAGAGGACGAACCGAAGUACGUCAUGUUUCACGCAUUUUGUGGGAUAAUUUACCUGCUAAUUUCUGUGUAGCUGCCCAUUUGCUGCGCCGGAUUUGGAAUUCCGUAUCAUCAUAAAUCAAUAUCCUGCAAUAAUUGGUAUUAGGUUAGUUUUUCCUGAGGCAGAGUUCAGAGGUCAGACUGCCACAGGGCAGUAUUGCAGCUCACUGUUUUAGGAGGCUAUUGAACUGUCUUGGACCUCAUGAAUUUUUGGCCAAUUCCAGUAUCAGGCUUUUCUUCAAGUAGUUUCUUUCAGUGAUGGGUUGCGUUUAUUCAAGGGUUUGCAUAGGUGAGGUUUGUAGCCCAAGAAAUUCCGGGAUAAAUGAAGGUCGAAAUGCGAAAACUAGUGAGGCUGCUUGGUUGUCUCCUGCGUCCUCGGAUGUUCAGGAAGGUGAAGUUAGAGACCAAUUUAAUCAAUUGAGCUUAACCAGAGACUCUGAAGCAGGCAUCAGAAGGCUAGCUAGGGUUUCAGCGCAGUUUCUACCUCCUGAUGGCUCGCGAGCAGUGAAGGUUCCUUCGGGAAACUUUGAAUUGCGUUAUUCGUACUUGUCACAGAGAGGUUACUACCCUGAUGCUCUAGAUAAGGCCAACCAAGAUAGUUUUUGCAUUCACACCCCAUUUGGUACCCACCCUGAUGAUCAUUUCUUUGGGGUUUUCGAUGGGCACGGAGAGUUUGGGACUCAGUGUUCGCAGUUCGUGAAGCGAAAGCUAUGUGAGAAUUUGCUUAGAAAUAGUAAAUUUCGAGUAGAUGCUGUGGAGGCUUGUCACGCUGCGUUCUUGGCGACAAACUCGCAGUUGCAUGCUGAUGUUUUGGAUGAUAGCAUGAGUGGCACUACAGCAAUUACGGUAUUGGUUCGGGGUAGGACAAUAUACGUGGCCAAUUCAGGUGAUUCUAGGGCGGUGAUUGCAGAGAGGAGAGGAAACGAUGUUGUGGCAGUAGACUUGUCCAUGGAUCAAACACCUUUUAGGCAAGACGAACUUGAAAGGGUCAGGCUUUGUGGAGCUAGAGUUCUUACUCUGGAUCAGAUUGAAGGGCUUAAGAAUCCUGAUGUUCAAUGUUGGGGUACAGAAGAAGGAGAUGAUGGUGAUCCGCCUAGAUUGUGGGUUCCGAACGGGAUGUACCCUGGUACAGCUUUCACUAGAAGCAUUGGUGAUUCAGUUGCCGAGACCAUUGGCGUCGUUGCUACCCCAGAAAUUGUUGUUUUCGAGCUCACACCAAACCAUCCUUUCUUUGUGCUUGCCAGCGACGGUGUCUUUGAGUUUCUAUCUAGCCAGACUGUGGUUGAAAUGGUUUCUAAAUUCAAAGAUCCUCGCGAUGCUUGUGCUGCAAUUGUGGCUGAAUCUUAUCGACUUUGGUUGCAAUAUGAAACUCGUACGGAUGAUAUUACCAUUAUUGUUGUUCAUAUUAACGGACUAAACGAUCCUGCUGUUGGUCAAUCUGCCAGCUAUGGUGAUGUUCUUAGAACUCCAGUUCCUCAAGUUGUUGAGGUGACAGGAUCAGAAUCACCUUCCACCUUGGGCUGGUACUCCAAGAACCCUCGGGCAAGGCAUGACUUAUCAAGGGCGCGUCUCCGAGCAAUUGAAAAUUCCUUAGAAAAUGGGCAAACUUGGAUUCCUCCAUCUUCUGCUCAUAGGAAAACAUGGGAGGAAGAAGCACAAAUUGAGCGGGCAUUGCACGAUCAUUUUCUCUUCAGAAAGCUUACCGAUUCUCAGUGUCAUGUUUUAUUGGAUUGCAUGCAAAGAGUUGAAGUUCAACCUGGAGAUGUUAUAGUCAAACAGGGUGGUGAAGGUGACUGUUUCUAUGUUGUUGGUAGUGGAGAAUUUGAGGUCUUGGCAACUCAGGAGGAAAAAAAUGGGGAAUUGCCUAGGGUUCUGCAGCGCUACACAGCAGAAAAAUUGUCUUGUUUUGGAGAACUUGCUCUCAUGUAUAAUAAACCACUUCAGGCUUCUGUACGUGCUGUAACUGAAGGAACUCUAUGGGCCUUAAGGCGAGAAGACUUUCGAGGAAUUUUAAUGUCGAAGUUCUCUAACUUAUCAUCUUUGAAGUUGCUUCGGUCUGUUGAUCUCCUUUCAAAGUUGACAAUCUUACAACUCAGUCAGAUCUCAGAGUCCCUCUCUGAAGUUUCCUUUUCAAAUGGACAAAUAAUAAUUGAUCAAAAUGAAGCCUCUGCAUUGUACAUAAUUCAGAAGGGACAAGUGAGAAUAACUUUUGAUUCAGAUUUACUGAGAAACCCAAAUGCCUGUAGCCUGAAGCCUGACUGUCAAAAUGAGAAUGAUGAUUUACAGAGCACGAAGGACGUAUCAAUAGAGAAGCCGGAGGGAAGCUAUUUCGGUGAAUGGACUCUUCUUGGUGAAAAUAUUGGAACCUUAAGUGCUGUGGCUGUGGGUGAUGUGUUAUGUACUGUACUAACAAAGGAAAAAUUUCAAUCAGAAAUUGGCCCCUUGAAAAAGUUGUCUAAGGAAGAUCAGAAGUCAAGGGACAAUUCAUCAGACUAUUUGAAGGAAUCAAGUAAAAGUAUUAAUUUUUCUUCACUUGAUAAAAUCCAUAUCUCAGAUUUGGAGUGGAAAAAGAGUGUAUAUUCUACUGACUGUUCUGAGGUUGGGCUUACUCUAUUAGGAGACUCAGCAGAGAAUAUGCUUACUUUGAAGAGGUUUUCUAAGCAAAAGGUGAAAAGGCUGGGAAAGGAAGCACAAGUUUUAAAAGAGAAAAAUUUGAUCAAGGGCACGAGCCCUUCGGCUUGUAUACCACAGGUUCUGUGCACCUGUGCUGAUCGAGUUUAUGCUGGGAUACUACUAAAUACACGCCUUGCUUGUCCAUUGUCUUCCAUACUUACAAGUCCUUUUGGUGAAUCAUCAGCUCGAUUUUGUGCUGCUUGUGUUGUUACUGCCUUGGAAGAUUUACAUAAGAAUGGUGUUCUUUACAGAGGGGUAUCACCUGAUCUUCUGACUUUGGACCAAACUGGAUGUAUACAGCUUGUGGACUUCAGGUUUGGGAAGAAACUCUCAGAUGAAAGAACAUUCACAAUUUGUGGAAUGGCAGACUCAUUAGCUCCAGAGAUUGUUCUGGGAAAAGGCCACAGUUUCCCUGCUGACUGGUGGGCGUUGGGAGUUUUGAUUUAUUUUAUGUUACGAGGUGAGAUGCCUUUUGGAUCGUGGAGAGAAAAUGAGCUUGAUACAGUGGCCAAAAUUGCAAAAAGGAAGCUGAACCUUCCAGAAACUUUCAGCCCGGAGGCUAUUGAUCUCAUCACUAAGUUACUUGAUGGUGACGAAAGCACUAGACUUGGUAGCCAAGGUCCUGAUUCUGUCAAAAGCCAUCCUUGGUUUAAUGGUGUUGACUGGGAAGGGAUAAGAAAUCAUAGCUUUCCUGCUCCUCCAGAAAUUCUCUCUCGUAUAACUCUAUACCUGGAAAUUCAUUCCGAGGAUUGCACCGGUUCCCAAGUUUCCCCGUCACAAGAGGUAGAUGAACUUAACAUUCCUGAAUGGCUUGAGGACUGGUAGCAGAAUGGAUUCAGGACUUCAUGUUCUUGUAACAUUUUGAUUGAAACACUUGCAAUCCAAGAAAUCGUUAGGAAGGCAGUUUCACGGGAAAAAUGCUUAUAAACCGAUAGAUCCAAGUGCUUCUCCAUAAUUCAAUUUUUUGGCAACAUGACUAUGUGGUUGCAGUGUGUCUCCAAUAGCUCCUAGUGUUUACUAUUUGCUUCCUUCUAUUAGUUGAAGUUCUAGAAUAGAUGCUGUAUGUAUGUAUACUUAUAUAGCUCUUACGCCAUCUUUUCAGUUCACUUUUACUUGGGAGGCAGUUUCCCUCCUGUGUAAAUUACACAUGGAAUGUACAGGAGCGAUUUUCUUUUUCAUUAUGAGGUGAAAAAUUCUUACUUUUCAUCAA